AUGGCUGAUGUUUCGCCAGAGAAACAAUUCGAAGGCGCUGCUCAAGUGUUCAAGCAGCCCAAGAAUUCACAAGACGGCGACUCAAAACCUCUACCUAAGGGCGUCGUUCUGGACAAAGAUGGCAAGCCAUGUCGGACCUGUACCUCCGUCGCCUCAUGGCGCGCCUUGACCAAACAAGCACAAGCCAAACCCGACACCGCAAGCUCUUCGACAUCCACAAAGGCCACACUCGCCACAGCUGCCCUCGCUGCUUCCACCACAGAAAGCACAGCUCCAGAAUGCCCACCAGAUGUUGAAGCUCUAGGCCGCUCAACGUGGACACUACUCCAUUCAAUGGCAGCCACUUAUCCCGAGACAGCAAACACGCAGCAACAGAAGGACAUGCAAGGAUUUCUGUCUCUGUUUUCAAAGCUGUAUCCGUGCUGGGUAUGUGCGGAUGAUUUCAAGUCUUGGAUGGCUCAUCCUAGUGGAAAAAAUCAGCCCAAGUUGAAGGGUCGUGCGGAGUUUGGGUGGUGGAUGUGUGAAGCGCAUAAUGAAGUUAAUCGGAAAUUGGGCAAGAAGGAGUUUGAUUGUCGGUUUUGGGAGGAGAGGUGGCGGACUGGAUGGAAGGAUGGUCGGUGUGAUUAG